CUGGACUGCCCUCUGACACGACCCUGUCAAAUGAGAGGGGAACAACCACGUACUGUAGGCCAAAUAGCUCAGAUUAAGGUUAUGAGUCUGUCAGGAGAGAGGAAGUUCUACUAAGAAAGAAUGAGCUCUUGUAAUCUAGAGGGGGGUCGCUGCGCAGAGAUGGCUAUGGUAUGCCUGACGGACUUUGAGGAGUAUGCUAAGGAGCAUCUCUCAAAGGCCACCUGGGAUUAUUAUGCAGCUGGAGCAGAUGAAUGCUGCACCAGGGAUGACAAUCUACUGGCUUACAAAAGGAUCCGUCUGAGGCCUCGAAUCCUGCGGGAUGUGUCAGUGAGCGACACACGGACCACAGUGCAGGGGACAGAAAUCAGCUUUCCAGUUGGUAUCGCACCUACUGCCUUUCACUGCCUGGCCUGGCAUGAAGGAGAGGUGGCCACAGCUCGGGCCACAGAGGCACUCAACACCUGCUACAUCACCAGCACCUACUCCACCUGCUCAGUGGAGGAGAUUGUGGCAGCAGCACCAAACGGUUACCGCUGGUUCCAACUGUAUGUCUACCGGGACCGGAAGCUGUCAGAACAGAUUGUGCACCGUGUAGAGGGGCUCGGCUACAAGGCCCUGGUCCUCACCGUCGACGUCCCCUACACCGGAAAGCGCCGCAAUGACAUCCGAAACCAAUUCAAGCUGCCACCACACCUCAAGGUCAAGAACUUUGAUGGAGUGUUUCAGCAGGAGACAGCAGCCCCAGAGGAAUAUGGGAUCCCGGCCAACACCUUGGACCCCUCCAUCAGCUGGAAGGACGUGUACUGGCUGCAGUCCAUCACCCGCCUGCCUAUUAUCAUCAAGGGAAUCCUGACCAAGGAGGACGCUGAGCUGGCCGUGGAGCAUGGCGUCCAGGGCAUCAUUGUGUCAAACCAUGGGGGGAGACAGCUGGACGGAGGCCCAGCCUCGAUUGAUGCACUGUCGGAGAUUGUGGACACAGUGCAGGGUAGGAUCGAGGUCUAUCUGGAUGGAGGAAUCAGGACAGGAAGUGAUGUAUUGAAAUCGCUGGCCUUGGGAGCCAAGUGUGUUUUCAUUGGCCGUCCAGCAGUGUGGGGCCUUGCAUACAAGGGUGAGGAAGGAGUGAGGGAAGUACUGCAAAUCUUAAAUGAUGAGUUCCGUCUGUCCAUGGCUUUAUCAGGUUGCAGGAACGUGGCAGAAAUCAACAGGAACCUCAUUCAGUUCUCUAAACUCUAAUAAAUCAGCAGAGGGCAGCACUGAGGACAAUAACAGCAGUCACUGAACAGGACUCACUACUGAACCAAACCAACAGUGUUGAACAAGAGCCUGAGACUCCAUCUUGACAAAGAAACUGAAGGAUGUUCACCUCAGAGCUCAUGACUUUAUCAUGUUAAACACAAAUAUGAAACAUGCAGGCAGCUUCCAUAAUUUGGAAAUUACUUGUCUGAUAUCUAAUAUGUAUUCAUGCAAGAGUGUAUAGAGUGAGACAGUGUCUUGAGAAAGCUGAGGGCCAGCGGCAGAUUUAGCAAGUGAAUAAUGAAAGUGUUUUGGCUUUUGGAUUGGAGGGGACGGACACACUUUUCGUGAAACCAACAAACUUUUGGUUUUAUUGUAAUUAAUGCAACUGGUAAUGACAUACACUACAGUUUGAGAUGCUGCCGGUGCUUGAAUAAACACCAGCUGAGGUGAUGAA